CGCGCGUUAGCCAGCUAGCUAAACAUUACUUCCUCAAACGACAUGCUAGUAUUUAUUAUGCAUUUUAUUAUUCGCUAGCUAGCUACAGAAAGACGUUUAUGUAGGUUCUAAAAUAAAACGUUCAUAGAUGGCUUUGUUUCUUCUUAAAGCGAGUCCAACACGACGCAAGGAACUGAUGCUAAUGAAUAACGCUGUCAUAUUUAGCUUUCUUUUUCUCUAGCUCCUAGCAUAUUGACAGCCCACUUGGAGCUUGCUUCUCACCGAGAAGUAAAGUAAAGGACCUUGUUGUUGAGCAGCGCUCCCUAUCCAACACAUCUUUUCACCAGGAGACUCCAAUGAAGCCUUCUCGGGUCCCUAACCGGCUUUCUAAUCCACCACCGAGGAGAAUGUUGCCAAUUCAGGCACCUGAGGUGUGCUACAGGGACAGAAUUGGUCCACACUGGCAAAAUCAUCAUCCCCCAGGACUAAUCCAUUCAUCAGGAUUUAAUUCAAGCAAUUCACUUAAUCUUGGUUCCCCCGUGGAAAGACCUUAUUUUAUGCCAAAGGAAAGGUUGGGUCCUCCAGAACACUUUGGUCAACCUCCAGGGCUUGUGCCAAACAAUCCAGGUACCAUUAGGAUGUCAUUAAAUCCCCCAAUACCAGGAGGCCAUCAGCCAGGAUCUUUUGACACAUUUUUGCUUCCAGUGGCUAUCAACCAAUCGCCAUCUUCCCACAUAGGCCGAGAUCAAGCGACUGAAUUCAAGGCUUCUUCAUCCAGCUCAGAAAGUAAAACUGUAACAACACAAAGACAAGAAUCAGAUAAGGCUCAGUCCAGUGAUGUGGAAUAUUCUAUACCUACGGUCCAGCUGCACAGACCAUCUGUGAGUGUUACAACCCCAUCAUUCAACUACAGAGCACCCAAUGAAGUUCACCCACAGUCCCCUUCAUACUCAAAAGGCUGGUAUCAUAAUAUCAGCCAUUGGCCCUCGCAGGGCUACCAUCUCCAUCCAAAACCCCACUCAUCCGACAGUAGUCGUUUACCCAUCAUGCAUAUCUCUGUAGCCUCUUCCCAGAGCCAGCAACAGGAGCAAACACCUUCAAGUGAAAAGUUAAUUUCAGCAGUGGACUUGAACUUCUCAUCACACAAGAGGCGCAGCGAGUAUGAAUAUGGUUCAGAGAAUGCCAAGAAACCAUGUACUCAAGGGGCAAACUCAAACAAAACGGAGACAACAAAACCCACUGUUCCCACUGCACUUGCGCCUCAGCCGUCAGUGAUGCAUUCUUCAGAGUCAGCAAACCAACACAAAACCACAGAUGGCUAUCUACUUACAGAACAGGCACGUGGACAGUCAGCAUGCUCAGAGCUGUCAUCUACUGUUGGAUCUUCUCAGUCAUGCUGCAAGUCAUCAUAUCAUAAAGAAUGUACAGAGAAAAUGACAUCAACAGGUGCAAAGGAAUCAUUUAUAAAUUCUCAGAGUCAUGUACCACAGUUAAAGGAAAUGAGAUCACAUGUAAAGCCAAAUGAGGGAAGUGUGAAAAAGACAAGCGAGCGAAAAAAUAAAAGGGAUAAAUCAAGCACUUUGUUCAACUCUGAUGUUCCUCAGAAGGACACUACUAGCUCUUCACCUGCUGAGUUAGGCAGUCACCACUCUGGUUUUUCUUCCAGUAGUAGCUCUGUCAAGACCCCGAAAAGAAGUAAUCCCAGAGGAGAAAACAGAAAACUCAGCAGUAGCCCUCACAAAUCAACCUCGAAACCAAAUUCAAGCUCUUUGACUGGUCGGACAGGAGAGCGGAAUAAAGCUUCUCGUUCACGAAGACCUGUAGCUUCUUAUGACGCCAAUGAUCUUUUCACUCCUGAUCCUGUGACUUACAUUGUUAGCUCCUCAAAUAAGACUGUAAAACCCAAGAUAGAUGGGGAAACAAGCAAAACAACAGAGAAAGGUUCAUCCAGCAUCGCAGGAAGCUCCAGCAACUCAAUUACUGAGUCCUCUUGUGAGAAACAUCAAAACUGCAAAAUAACCGGUCCUCUUCUUGAAGCAUCGUCCACUUUACCUAAUCCACUAGGCAGUUUUCCAACUGUAACGUUAACACGGGUAAAACUGGAAAACUUAAUACCACCUCCUCGAGAUAAGGACACCAAAAACAGCCCCAUCCCUUCUUCACACAGGCAGCUUAAGGGUGACCAAAAUCCAUCUCUCCUCUGCAAAAAAGUGAGUACAGGUGCUGUAGAGACUGACAGUGCUGCUGCUGAACAGACUUCUACCUCCAGUUAUUGUCAGUCUCUACCACUGAAGGGGCAGGAAAGUAAAGGUGAUAACAAGCAGAUAAAUGAAGAGGAUCCCAUAGAUGUGGAGCUGGACUUGGGGCUGAGUUUUGCAGUAGAUGUGGAUCUAACCCAAAGCUCCCAUAGCAGUGAUGAUGAGCAGCUACUUUCCUUGGAAGAGAUGAUGGAGCGUGCUACUAAACCUCCAGAUACACCUGAGAAGGGAACAUUCUCAGAUCCUAGUCCACCUAGACGUCUGAGCUCUCAGUCAAAAAAUCAACCAUUUCAAUCCACAACAAAGUCAGGCAAUUACAAGAACAAUCUUGACCAAAUACUGAAGGAAAUAAAUAACAAUAAAAAAUCAAAAGAGAUUGAGAGACAACUGCUAACUGCAUGUGAAGAGGACCUGUUGAAGAUAGCUGAAUAUGAAGAAGCAGAGGAGAACCGAGAGGAGGGCAUUUCUUCCGAACAACAGGAAUUCUUGCAGCGGUAUUCAUUGAUGUCUGCUGCAAUCAAAGAAGUCCCUCCAGGAGAAGAAGUGUUCAACCUGGAGAAGUUUGGUCAGAUCUUUGACCAGGAUACAUUACAGCUCAGGCAGUGCCUGGUCAAUCCACAGGGAACAGCACAAAAAACUCUUCUGUGGUCCAGCCCAGCUCAGCUGCGAUUGCAUGUGAAUAUCGGAUUGUUUCAGGAAGCUUAUGACUCUAGCUCACCCUGUCCAGCUCAGGUUACCCGUUUCCUUUUCAAGAUGAUGUCAGUCCAUAGUGAGAGGAUGAUAUCUGAGAAGUUGCUACAGGCCCUCUGUGAUAUUGCAUUGACUGCUGCUUAUCAAAUAGUGAAAUAUGGAAACCAGCAGUUUAAAGUGUGGGUUCCCAGUUUAUCUGACGUGACGCUGGUCCUGAUGAACAUGGGAGUGCCGUUUGUUAAACUCUUCCCUUAUGAGAAUCUGCAACCUCCAUUCACAGAAGGAGAUCUGCUGGAGGACGUCUACAUCAAAAGUGAUAGUCCUACCCACAACAAGGAAGAGACCACUUUCCCUGAACACAACUGCAGUACUGUUUUAAAGUACCUGUCUUACUGCAUGGGUCUGUGCCCACGUGCAUACAGCGACAAUGAGCUGCUGUUGAUCCUUACUGUAAUGAGUCACAUCGGCCUGGAAACGCGUCUCAUCCUCGAGUCGAGUGUGGCACUGGAGCCUCUGCUGUGUAAAAUUGUCAACAACAUCAGGGAUUGGGACGCUCUGCUGCCAAAAAUCUGCCUGGCUCUCACUGAUUUGACAGAUGAUCACCACAACAUGUGCCUAUUAGUUCAUCUCCUGCCUGACAACAUUCGUGGAAAAGAGUUGCGCCGACAUCUAAGCCUGUGCAUGAUUUCUAAGUUGUUGGAUGGAAAUUGCAAAUACAAACCUGUGGAAAGAGAAUUUCAGCUCUCUGAACUGAGGCCAUACCUUCCUCGCAUGCAACCUUCCUCCCUUUUCCGACACAUGACGAGCUCUUCUGGAAUGAACCAGAAAGAUAAAGAAGAAGACCUGGGCACACUAGACCAGCAGUCCUACUACCUGUGCUAUAGCCUUCUGACAUUAGCAAAUGAAGCAUCCAACUUUCAGUUUUUUCCCGCUCACCAAAAGAAGCAGCUGCUGUUUUUGUCAACUGAGCUGGAAACGCAUGUUAAAUGUGACAUCAGGGAGAGUGAAAAAUGUCUUUAUCGCAGCAAGGUGAAGGAUCUGGUGGCGAGGAUCUACACCAAGUGGCAGAUGCUCCUUCAGAGGACAAGGCCUCUCGAUGAUAAACUGUAUGAUUAUUGGCAGCCUGGGGAUACUUUGGGGUACAGCCAGGAGGAGCAGGAGGAUGAAGAUGACACUGCAGAAGAGGAGACUGUGGUGGAAGAAGAAGUAGAGGGGGAUGAAGAGGAAGAUGGAGAAACAACUUUAACUGAACAGAAUGAAGCUGUCAUGGUUGCUGAGGGAAAAAAAGAUGCCAGGGUGGAGCCAGAAGAAGACACGAAACUUGGUGAGACAGAAAAAGACACAAAUGUUAUUGCAGCAGAAGAAGGCAUGACAUUUGGUGAACAAGAAGAUAUGAACACUGCAGAGACGGAGGAAGACAUGAAUAUUGAUGAGGUGCUAAUGGAGGAAGAUGGUAUCCCAAGUGACAUAAGCAAAACAGAAGAGGAAAAAGAAACGGUACCUGGGAAUUUAAACCAAGUAGUGCCUGAGACGGAUCCUCAAGCACCCUUGGAGUCUGAGGGAGUGGAUGAGCAAGUGGCUGCUCCCAACAUAGGGCAUGUUGAUGAGGACACUGAGAUUGAAGAAAGAAAAGGAACACACCCGGCACCAACAGCUGGUUUAUUCUGAUAGAGAUGAUCAGUUUUCAAGGCUUUAACAGCCAUUGCCUUAUGUUAUGCUGAAUUUGCACUAUUUACCAGACCUCUUUUCCUAAUUCCAAAAGGUUUGAGACUUUCACAGUGAUUUUAAGGCAAACUGUGUAUUUACCUCAGUCAGUGAGGUUAUGUUUUUGUCGCUUUUUUUGUCUGUUGGCACAUUUAGGCACAAGCUUCCAGGCUGAUAUAUUUUUAUGAAAGUUUGUGGAAAGAUGGAGCAUUGGUAUAUUAAAAAAUUCAUCGUUUUGUUGUUUUUUUGACUGCUGCAUGUGUGCACAUUGUUGUUUUAUUGUUAAGUGGCCAAAUAUGGAAAAUAAACUUUAAGUUAAAUUAA